AUGAACACGACUCCUCGAGGCCAACGCCAUAUCACGUCCCAAAUCACAAGCAGCAACAACAGCCCUUUCGCCCGAAACAAUGCUUCGUCCACGCCCAAUGCUCCUCGUUCGCCAAUAAAGACCAUCGGCCGAGAGCGACAAGAGCUGGGUCUCAGUCUCAAACGCGUCAUUGGCACCACUUGCCAAACCGUCUUCUGCUUUGACCAUCUAGCAGGAACUCGAAGUUUCGCCUAUACCGCAGGUGCUGCUGCCGUCGUAGCCACAGUAGACGCCGACGGGACCAUCGAACAACGCUUCUUCAGAGCAAAUCCUGCACAGCCCUCGCAGAGGUCGAACUUCCUACCAGCCGUCUCGGCUUCGCCCGCCGACCCAAGGCAUCGCUCGCCCCUACCGCCACUCGACCGCACCGAGUGGAACGACUCGCCCUCGGGAAACAAGAACGGUGCUGUACGCGAACGUGUCAAGGCUGCCACUGCGGUCAGCUUCAGCCCAAAUGGCCGCUUUCUUGCUGUCGGCGAGACGGGCUAUAAACCACGCGUCCUGGUCUUCUCGCUGGCUGAGAAGUCGUUCGCCGACUCGCCCGUGGCCUCCAUCUGCGAACAUACCUUCGGUGUCCAGUCGGUGAGUUUUGGCCCGGACUCGAGAUAUCUCGCUUCUCUCGGCACUGUCAACGACGGCUUCUUGUACAUAUGGGCCAUUGAUGAAAGAGGAGGCGCCCCUACUCUGAUUGCCAGCAACAAAUGCACUACCAGCGUCAGACAAAUGGCCUGGAUGGGUUGCAGUCUAGUGACUGUUGGCCUGAGGUUCAUCAAGGUCUGGAGACCAAACGACCUUCCAGCUAGUGUCAACGAAAACUCCGAGCGAGGUUAUGGGCUGUAUAACCGCCAGCACAAGCCAUUGGCCGGUCGAAACACCUUGUUAGGUGAUCUGCUGGACGCGACUUUCACCUGCGUAGCACCAUUCUCCGACACCAAAGCAAUCGUAUGCACCGACGGUGGAGAUGUCUGCAUCCUUGAUGAUGAAGACAAGGGCCAAAGAUUGCUUCGAGUCGCCAAUCUAAACUUUACUAUCACCGCUGUUUGUGUUGGGCCUAACUCAAAGGCAGUCAUCACGGGUCUAGACGGCAGCAUCGAGAUCCUCGACCUCAACGAGCUUAGCAAAACCUCCGUCCUUCUUGAUACGCUGCCAGGUUAUAGAUCUUCACAAAAGCCAUCAACCUCUGGUUAUGUUGCCGUCGGCUCGAUUGGUAAUGCCAUAGUGACAGUAGACAACAGUCGUGGCAUCCAGCUGCGGAAUAUUUGUCCGAAAUCACCCAACGAUAAGCCCGGUCAUGCGGUUAUACAGAAGCUUCCGGCUCACUCAGAUGCAGUUCUUGGAGUACGUGCAAUUGCUGCGUCCAACGAGCAGGAUAUUGCCUUUGUAAGCUGGUCUGCGAAUGGCACCAUUAUUUUCUGGUCAUCACAGUGCGAAGCAAGAGCGGUGAUCUCCGUGUCGAUGGACCAGUAUGUCGACAUGUAUAAUGUUAUGAACGAACUCAAGACAGUUGUCGCAUUCUCGAGUGUCUCACACGCCGUCACCGGCGACAAAUAUGGCGUUCUAAGAGUGUCCAACGUCCGAACUGGAGAAGACGUUUCUCGGGUCAGAGCCCAUGCAGGAGAGAUCACAGACAUCGCCAUUCACGAGGACUCGGCAUAUACACUCAUAGCAUCAAGCAGUCGAGACCGUACUAUCCAACUAUUGACAUGGAGCUCGGGCCAGCUUGACUUGUUGCAAACGUUGGAUGAACAUGCAGGUUCGGUUACUUGCGUUCUGUUCGCUAAGAAUGGCGAGCAGCUGAUAUCGUGUUCUGCGGACAGAACCGUGGUGGUCCGAGAGGCUGCGAGACAGCCAGGAUCUGGUCUUCCACUUUUCAUCAUCACUAGGACGAUUACCCUGAAAAACUCACCAACAUGUCUACGAAUGUCUUUGUUCGACGACACACUGUUGGUAUCCGCUACAGAUCGAACCAUCCAAUUUGUCGGUACACGGACCGGCCGUGUGCUAUCCUCAUUCAAAGCCAGCGAUACCGAUGGUGGCGAUGCUGUGAUCAUGUCAAGUCUGGUCCAUCUACCCUCGACAGCAGGAUCGCCGAUAGUCGCAGGCGUAGCUAGCAGUGAUAAAUCUGUCCGCAUGUAUUCAGAAGAUGGCACACUGCUUGCCCGUGACUGGGGUCAUACAGAGGGCGUCACUGAUAUAGCGCUGCUCAAAUCACACACUGCUCCCGACGAUCUAGCCGCUAUGAAACUCGUCACCGUUGCUGCAGACGGCACGAUACUCAUCUGGGCAACUGUGCCCGAAAGACCCCGAUCAAGGGACUACUCUGAUGUAGCACCCUCAUUCGCAAACACUGCUCCAGGCAUCGUCUCGGCAGAACAGCCAUUACGAAAAGUAAUCUCUCACAGCGAGAUUGCCCGAUUUCAAAGAUCCAGAUCCAAUGAGACAGAAAACUCAGAACCGACACCAACAGCUAUGGCGGCGACAGCGAGCACGGGGCUGAAAAAGAAACCUAGCAGAUUGAGCAUCCGCCCACCACCACCAAGGUUAGAGCCCUCACCAUUAGGGACUCUACGUAAUGGUCUGACUGUCAGAAGUAGACAGAGGAGCCCGAGCCCAACACCACCUAGCCCCAGUCCUAGAUUACCACCUAGUCCACGAACGCAUCCGCGGAGCGCGCCAGGAAGACACCGAUUGUCCGUGAGUGCUGUGCCGCCUUUACUGGCCAGUCCAGCGGCCGAGAAAGCGAGCAAAGACGGCAGAACAGAAGCCGGCAUGUCGGGCUUCGGAAGUAUUGCAGCGUCCACGGAACAGCUAUCUCGGAUGCUGCGGGCGUACAGACAAAAACUUGAUAGCAACUGCACCGGUCUGACAGGAGAGAAGCUCCGGGAGCUCGAGAAAGAGCUAGAUGCCACAGUCCAGAUGGUACAGCAGAAAAUGGCAGGUCAGAAAGACGAGAAAGAAUCUCAGAGCACGAGUGCAGCCGAGGACAGUAGUGCAUCAAGGGCAACGUCGUCGUCACAAGAUGCUUCAUUCAUAUCGGCACGGGCUCAGUUGGAGGAGGAGACGGUCAGUGGUGCUGAAGCCACUGUCGCGCCUUGA